UGGAGAAAGACACUCGUCGAACAUGAGGAGUGGAAGUAUUAUUCACCACGUAUUUACUUUCCUGGAGAGGCCCAACGGCCCGAGUAAGAAGGGUUGUUUAUUUGUAGCCCUGUUGCUGGUGUUGAUAACGUUGGCAAGGCACUGGUUGGAUGCGAAUGGAGAGACAGAGGCGGCUAGUGACGGACACCUCGCAACGACGCGCGGAGUUGUCGGCCGGCUGCCUGAAAAAGUUCUGCACAACAGGACGUUGCUGCCGACUGCCAGCUUGCUCAGCCUUGCUGGCGACAGCUCUGACACGGACAAAGACAGCGCUGUGGGCGAGGGAGAGGAUUGCGAGCCUGCGGAAGGUUCAGACCCCGAGCCGCCGACAGAGGUGUCGUGUUUGGCCAGCGAGCUGAGCCGCAGCCUGCGCCUCGACGACGAGGGCGACGGCGGCUUCGUGGAGCCCAGCCUCUGUCCAGGGCAGCUCGGCCUCAUGACACUGGGCGGCGAGUACAAGCCGAUGGCGGUCGCGUACGCGGAGUGCUCGUCGGGACUGUCGUGGUGCCGUCAAGCCGAGCAGUGUCUGCCCAUGCUGAGGGACUCCGUGGUUCUGCGCCGCGAGUCGUGGCCCUUUCUGCCAGCGGAAGGGGCCAGCCCGCUCGGCGCGGUGCGCUCGCCCACGCAGACCUGGAACUCUGUCAGGGUGAAGAUACCUCACUCCUGCUUCUGCGGCAGACGUCACCACCAGCCGGAAGAUGCACAGCUCCAAGCUGCUGUUGCUCGAGAUGUCUGA